AGCAUGGCUUGGCAUUCUCAUUCCUCAAUGGCGUCUGCUUCUCUUUGACCUCCUCUUCGUCUGCAAAAUCUAAUUAAAAAAAAAAAAAUUGUCAGAUUGUCUUCCUCGCCAAGAAAUGACCGAGUCAGACCUUGCAACGCUCUGCAUUUAAUUUUCCCUCCACUCGAUCCAUUGAUUCGUUUUUGAUUGAUAUAGUGAAAGAGGAUCUAGGAAUCAGAUUUCAGUAAUGGUGCUUCCGCUACUGAAGCUUGGAACUUUGGCCUUGAAAACGCUUAGCAAACCUGUGGCUGCUAGGCUCAAGCAUCAGGCCGCCGUGCAUCCCAGGUUCCGGGAAUUCAUCAUCAGUAUUGCUCAGGCAAACCAUCAAAUCUCAACCAAAAUGCAAAGACGUAUCUAUGGUCAUGCGACUGAUGUUGAGAUACGGCCCUUGGAUGAGACGAAGGCUGUUCAGGCUGCUGUGGAUCUCAUUGGUGAACUUUUUGUUUUCACGGUUGCAGGAGCUGCCUUGAUCUUUGAGGUUCAAAGAAGUGCUAGAUCUGAAGCUAGAAAGGAGGAAAUACGCAGACAAGAACUGGAAGCAAUGAGACAAAGAGAUGAGGAGUUGAGAAAUGAAGUAGAACAUCUUAGGCAUAAAAUUGAAGAACUGGAGCAACUUUCUAAGGCAAGGGGACUUCCUGGUUUGUUCAACUUUAAACAUGCCACUACAGACGGCGCACAUGUGGCAAAACCAGCUUGAUGUUGUGCAGAGACUUGACCAACAAGUUGAAGUUCAGUGACAAAGGAAGCAUUCUUCUUUCAAUUAUUUGCUCGUUGAGCCACCUUUGGGAUCAGAUUCUAACCCAGGUUUAUUCACAAAUAAUACAACCAAAAUUUAAAACUUGGAAAAGGUAUGACAUAAAGAAUAGACAUUGUCCAUGAGCACUUUGUGCUAAUUUUUAGUGCAAGUCUGAGGUUUAUAUCUUCUAUUAUAAGGAGAAAAUCUAUGCAAUUCAUAUACCCAAAAAUCAGAGGUCCUAGGAUUUUUGGGUCUUUAUAACCUUAAUAUUGAAAAAGUUUUGUGCUGUUGGGGACUUGGGGCUGCACAAUACUACCAUUGGAUGGGAGUGGGUGGUUGGGGGCUUACUUCCAUCCAGUGAUCCCUAUUUUGCAGUUCAAAUUGCAAAAUAAGAGACUCCCAUUAAUAUUUAAUGAGAAAGAUGUUUUUCAGUUUGGGCUAUUUUCAGUUGUUUGGACAUGAAAGGUCGACUUUGUCCAUCAUUUUCUUUUUCUUUCCCAUUCAUUGAUGAGAAAAUUGUCUUUUCACAUGCAACAGCCAGUGUGAACUGAA